AUGAGGGCGCUGACCUUGAGUCUCUUGUUGCUGGCUGCUGCCCAGGUUCAAGUUUCCUCGGGCUUGCGCUGUUACCAUUGCGAAAGCCACGGGAACUGCAUUGUCGAAACGUGUCCCCCAGGGCAGGAGCUGUGUCGAACCACCGUAUACCACAACCGCUGGAGAGGAGGCCAGGAGCUGGAGGUGGUGCUGAGGGGCUGUGCUGUGACCGGGAAAGACAACAGCUCCAUGUCCUACCGAACAAGCCAGGAGAUAAUCAUGCUGAAGGAGAUCGUGUGUGACUUUGACCUCUGCAACCAACCAGACCCCCGUCCCUCACCUACUUUCCCUGGGGCUCGUACCCUAGAGUGUGAUUCCUGUGCAUCCUCUGACCAGAGCUGUGAACGAGGUCGGACUCUGACCAUUCGCUGCCCAGAACCCACAGACCAGUGCUUGGAGCGGAUCUCCCAAAGCAGCCUUGAAGCAGGCCCCCUGGACGAGCGAUACGUGCGCGGCUGUGGGAGUUUUCCUGAGUGCCCAGGCCCUGUUGGCUUCCAUAACAACGACACUUUUCUCUUCUUGAGAUGCUGUAACUCUAGCCAGUGUAUCAGAGGCCCAAUAACGAAACUCUCCGACCACCCCGUGAACGGCCUUCGAUGCCAGAGCUGUGAGGGGAACGGCACCCAUGGCUGCUCCCCGGAGGAGACGGCCAUCAUUGCCUGUCAGGGCCCUAUGAAUAGAUGCUUUGAAGCCACCGGCACCCACAAACACUGGGGUGCCGGCUACACCAUCCGAGGCUGCGCGGCCCCUGCCUGGUGCGAGGCCUCCCAUCUGACUGCCACCUUCUUCGACCUGGCCGAGCCCCAGAUCUUCUGCUGUUUUGCCAGUAAAUGCAAUAGCGCAGCCCGAGAUGCUACGCCCCGAAGGAGUGGGGCAGGACCCAGGCUUCUCCCUGCCUCUCUUACCCUCAGCCUGCUUCCCAUGCUGUUGACUAUGAACUUGAUCCCUGUCAAGGGGCUUGACCCACCCCAUCCUGCUCCCCACCCCCACCCACCACUCAUAAUUUAG